AUGCGCAUUCCUGUUUGCUUGUUCCCGCCGUUCUGCGAGAGGCGAGCCCUGCAGAAGCACGGAGACUGUUGGCGCCUGAAAAUCACAGAAUGGAGGUCGCCUCCUCACUCGCCUCUUCUCCACGCCCCGCGCCUUGAUACCUGGGUUGCAUCGAGGCAUCGGCCUUCGUGUCUCUCUUCGUCUCGAGGUUCAUCCUUUUGGACUCCAAGGCGACAGUCCGACGCGCGCGGCGAUCUGCUGUCUUUGCCUGUCUUCGAUUCUUGGCUCCCGACGCGUCCGUUGCGUUCUCCUGACUUUUGCUCCUCUUCUGGCAUGAGUGAAGGUUUCCGUUUUCCCGAGCGAGAGCGACGAAGGCCUGUCGUAGAUUCUUGUCCGUAUGCUUUUUCUCCUCUCUCCUCGUCCGCUUCGUCUGCUUCUUCUCGCUCUCUUGCUUCACAGGUUUUUCCUCCCUCUUCCGUGUCUUUCUUCGCCUUCUCUGUCUCUGGCUGUGCUUUCGCGUCCUGCCGGCCCUCCUGUUCCGGUCUCUCUCCGCUCUCAGGGGGCACUUCGGCACCGAGCCCAAGUCAGCUAAAAACUCGCGCAAAGUCUCUGCUUCAGCGACUGCAGAGCCUGGCGUCGAAUGAGGCAGGCGAGGAAACGGCACCCAUCAGAAUCCCCGAGAAAGGCAGUCAAAGGCUAACUCGUCUACACGCCAAGCUGGGGACCGAGAGAGAACAAGGGAACCGAGACGAGGCUGCUACGCAAGGUGCAUCGUCUGUGAUCAGUGGGCCUGCUCAGUCGCCGAAUCGCGAGCAGAGAAACGGACGAGAGCGAGAUGACUCCGAGGCAGGAAAGUCACAGGCGUUAGAGGAUGGCGACCUCCUGUUUCUGCUACACAAUCUGUCGCUUUUCUCACCCUCGGACCUCCUUCUUCUCCUCGCUGCUCUGGUGCGAUGGACCGAGCGUAGUGCGGCCUGUGCCUCGACGGUGUCUCCUUCCAAGGGUCCGCUGUCUCCGCUCGCGGCGCCGCUGCCCCCCACAGUUGGACCGCUGAUGCGGGAGGUCGUCUCUCAGCUGGGCACUCAGCUCGCGCUUCUUCCAAACUUUCCGACGACUGCACUUCUUUGUGGAGACCUCGUCCGCUCGAGUCCUGUGCGAGAUACGCCGCGAUUCUGGGAAGCUUUCUUCCGUUUCUUUCUCUCUUCUGCGCAGCUGAAGUCCACCGGGAGCGUAGGCAUUCACGGGAGCAGCCUUGCCCUCUCGUCGGCGUCGCAACUCAUGCAGCUUUUGUCUUUUCUUGCCUCUCUCAAGAACCAAGCGGAUCAGGCUCACUGCCGACCAAGCGAGGGAAGAACAGGCGACAGGGAACGCGACAGCGAAGCGUGCAUGCAACGGGGCUCGGCCUCGGGGGCAGGUGAGGCAGCCGAGGGAACAGAGGCGCGACAUACGAGGGCAGAAGUGAACGGAGGAGACAAGAGAGCAGACUCCAGCGGCUUCUGUUCACCAGACCUUUCACCAGAAGAGAAGAAUGCAACGCGAGGUGACAAGAGAGGGUGCAGCGGAGAAGGAGAAGUGACCAAGGGGAAUGAAAGUGAUGGCGUGCUCAGAGAUGGACGGCUCGGCGACUCGUCUCCUUCGGAUGCUCUGGCCUUGCCAUCUGCGCCAGCCUCUCUCUCAUUCCUCUUACUCGGCUCUGGAAGGAGCCACCGCUCCACUCAAGAAGCCGCGCUUCUUGACAGGCUUGUGGCGGCUCUGUGCAGUCGCUUGGCCGUGCAAACAGUGCUCGAGACACUCAGCCCCAGAGGCCUCAUUCGCCUGCUUCUUCUUCUCGCCGACCUAAAAGCCAAGCAUGUGCCCCUCUUGACGGAAGUCGCUGCACUUCUCAAGCCUCUUUGCCCCGACGCCGUCGACUCCACGACUUCAGCGAAGACGCCUGUCAGGAAAGGCACCGUUGCGUCUCGAUCGCCUCUUCGUGUUUCGGCGGGUGCGAUACCAGCUUCUCGUGGCGUCAGUCUCUCGCUAGAGGACGACGAGCAAUUUGUCACUCGCGUCCAAGCGUGUGGUUUGAACAGGCUUUUUCGUCCGGCGGAUUUGGCUGUUCUUAUUGUUUCUUUCGCCGCCCUCGAAGCCCACGAAUUCCAGCCUCUUCUCCGAGGCGCAGCAGAUGUGCUGUCUGUUCACACGCGCGACCUCUCUCUGCCUCUGAUGGUCUCGACCCUCGACAGCUGCUCCCGCAUCAAAUUUUAUCCUCAGCGCCUCGCCGAGGCGCUGCUGCGGAGUCUGCCGCCGGAGCUGAUGAAGUCGCACGCAGACGACAAUUCAGGCUCUAGUGUUGGCGAGAGCGCCAGAGUCCACCACAAUGGAGAGAGCGCCAGAGACGGCCACAGAAGUUCGAGUACUGAAACGAGGCAGGAUGGACGGAACGAACUGUUGGAAAUGCCAGACACAUCCAUCUUUUCUCCGCUCUCUGUUUCCUCUCUUGCCUGGCGGGCCGGCUCGCCUGGGGCGCCUUUGUCACUGGCCGAGAGGCACCAGGCUGCCGCAGCUGUCCCCGUCCUUUUGAAGGCUUUAGCUCGUCUGAACGUCCGGCACAAAGCCACUGUGAAGGCCGCUCUCUCGAGUCUCAAGCAGCCCGACAGUCACCAGACUCGAGCGUCCUUGCCGCCGUCUUUGGCUGCUUCAACGCAUGGAUCGGUCCUUCUUGAGAACGGCGGCUCUGCUUCUCCCGCGUCGCCCACUUCCGUAGGCUCGCCAGGGGGCACUUCGUCCGAUCAAACGCAGCGCGGCGGCGCCUGCCCUCACGACAAGGCUUCUGAGGGAGCUGGAGGACUGGAAACCAACGAAAACGCGGGAGACACUCGGAAGAAAAACUGCUCCUUUGUCCCGAGUUUCUCAGUGUUGCCAUCUGCAAGAAACACCGCCGCGCUUGUUUACGCUCUCUACCGUCUUGACGUCUGGGACCCUCAAGCGGUCCGCAGCUCUUUAGCUAGCCUGGAGAGCCUGGGAGGCGCAGAACUCGUGGCACGGCUGGGUCUCAAAGGUUGCGCCAACGUCCUGCUCGCUGCCUCCUACUUCUCGUGCGCGGGCCCGAAGCUCUACGACGAAAUUCUCCCACACAUGCUGCCUAUGGAGACGAAGCUAACAAAGGAAGGCGUCUCGCAGCUGAAGAUUGUUGAGCUUGCCUGCAGGGUCGGCCACCUUCCCUUCUCCUUCAAGACGCUCUCUGCCGCAUCUCGAGAUCUUCUUCUUCGCAUUCGCUCGUGCGAUUUGGAACCUGAAGAAGUGUGUGUGUCUGGUCUCCAGAGGGAGGUCUCCUCGACUGCUCGAACUGUCGGCUAUCACUGCUUCACUGAGGUCCAAGUCGGCCCGUACACGCUGGAUUUCGUGAAGCCGGUCACGCAGGAAGACUUGGUUCAGAUGGCAAUGGAGGAAGAGGCGCGGAAAUCCAUUCCAGGCUUUCGGCGACCUCUUCGUCACAUAGACGACCCCUUCGAGCACGAGUUGGACAUCAAGGGAGUUGUUCUCGAAGUCGACGGCCCUCAGCAUUUUUACCGUGACUCAUUCCAUUGGACUUCGGCGAGCAAGCUGAAACAUCGUUUAUUGGCGGGACUUGGAUUCCGGAUUGCGCACGUGCCUUACUUCGACUGGCUGGAGCUUCACACGGAAGAUGUUCGUCGGGUGUAUCUCAGGUGUGCUCUGGAACGGGCUCUUUCCCCGUCUCGGGGAGACGACCUAGAACGCUGGGCACCGCACGCCGCAUCAUGCGGACUUAAAAAAACGCCCCUGAGCAAAAGCUCUGUUUCAGAAGAAACCUCUGUCUCCAGUGACUUGGCUUUCGAUGGAGAUCCUGCCUCUACGCGUUUCGACGCGGCGAAGGGGAAUGUGGGAGAGAGCAAUGCAAGGGUGUUAACGGCGGAACAGGGAGACCCAGACACCAUCGAGAAAGGGAAACAAAUCAGGGAUCCUUUUUCGUUUGCACCGGCACCGUUUCUGAACGCACACGAGCGAGCGCUACUGCAUGAAAGGAAACACGGAGAUGCAAUGAAAAGCAAAAAGAUCGCGUUAGCCAUUUAUAAGAGGGAAAGGGACCGAAAGAAGCGAGAAAGGAAAGAGGAGCAACGAAGAAAAAUCGUGGCACUCCAGAAUAACCCUCGUAAUUAUAAAGUCGGGUCUAGCUAG